UUGAGUCUGAAAUUAAUGAUAGAGAAGCUGCUGAAACACUUUUAAUGUUAUGCAAUUCUAAUUAUGAUAAAAAUUUAAAAUGUCACAGAUCAGUUGGCAUACAAAUAUCCACUGCAGAAUUUUUGGUAAAUAUACGUAAUUUCAUUAAGACAGAAUCCCAACUAAAUUCCAUUACUGGUAUACCAACUUUUGAACUAUUUAAUGCUAUUGUUAAACUUUUUAGUGAUGUAUGUAAAACAAAACAAAUCAGUAAUACUAAUUUUUCUUUUGAAGAUAAACUUUUUAUGGUCCUAAUCAAAAUGAAAUUAAAUAUUUCUUUUUCUGUUAUAUCUAUAUUUUUUCAUUGUUCUGUACCAACUGCAAGUAGAAUAUUUUACCCAAGUGUGAAAAUUCUUGCUUCCGUACUUAAGUGUGCAAUUGUUUGGCCAUCAAAAACAAAUAUUUUAGAAAAUAUGCCUAAAUGUUUCGACAAGUUUCGUAAUGUAAGAGUAAUUUUGGACUGCUCAGAAAUUACAGUGCAGAGACCAAAGUGUUUAAAGUGUCGAAUACGUUGCUACUCACACUAUAAAGGUGACACAACUAUAAAAUUUUUAAUAGGUGUUUCACCAGGUGGAAUUGCAACAUUUUUAAGUAGUGCAUAUGGAGGCAGAACUUCUGAUAAGGCAAUCUUUGAACAGAGUGAUAUCUUAAAUUUAUUAACACCUUAUAGUGACUCAGUGAUGGUUGAUAAAGGCUUUUUAAUUGAUAAACUUUGUUUAGAAAAAGGAAUAGAAGUAAUUCAACCACCAUUUUUGAAAAAAAAUAAACAACUAAAUAAAUGUGAAGCACUGAGAACAAAGGAUAUUGCAUGUGCCAGAGUGCACGUUGAAAGAUUUAUUCAGCGAAUUAAACAGUUUAAGAUAUUUUCAGCAAGACUUCCCUGGAAAAUGACUUCUGUUAUUGAUGAACUUUUAAUUAUUGCAACAGCUGUAGGGAAUCUUUCUUCUCCUAUACUGUCAGAUGACAAAUUUUAAUUC